GACAGCUCCGUGAUAUAGCAGCAUACCACGAUAUCUAUGCGGCAAAUGCGAAAGCAUCAUAAAUCUAAUCCAGAGUUUUGUUUUGAUUCUCGUGAUGGCGAUAACAGUUCGCGUUGGACGUCGUUCGAUUUUGUGAAAUAUACGCUAUGCCUCUCGUUGCCAUCUAAUAUCGUCAGAGAACUAGAUACAUAUGAAAAAAAAAAUUAAAUAGCAGUGUAUGAACUGUUUCGAAGUUCAAUAAGGAAAUAAACGCAUUUGUGACAUUCGAAUGCUGAUUUGCAUAACAUUUAGAAGCAAAGGUGCUGGUCUUCAAAUAAAUACAUUUUUCGUGCUCUUUGGAGAUGUUGUGAUGAAUCGUCCAGAUUUAAGUGCAACCUACGCGUAUCGUGAUUUUAAAUCGUUGAAUGUUAAUUCUCUGUAUUCAGCCAUGGGUUCUAUAAAUUGGAAUAAAGGUUGGUUUUUUAGUACUAUUGAUAAUAAACUUAACUUCCUUAACCGUAACUUAUCCCCGUUAUUUAACAUGCAUGUUCCGCUUCGUUCUGUAAAUGUUUUAAAUAGUUCAUGUCCUUGGUACAACUCGAAAGUUCGAGCUGCUAUUAGAAAGCGCAACAAGUAUUAUGCUACAUGGAGAAAAAACUUGACGGAUACUUCUUGGCGCCGGUACAAGGCAAUCCGAAAUAAAACCACUGCAAUAAUACGACAAGCGAAACGUUGGUACAGUUACACAAAACUUGAUCCGUCGCUUCCAAUAAGAGAACUGUGGCGCAACCUAAAAAAAUUUAAAAUUCAUUGCCAGGAAAGUCCCGAAUGUGAUAUUGACCUUGAUGAACUUAAUGACUACUUUAUUAGUGUUGGUACGAAAACCAAUUGUUCUCCUAUUUUAAAAGAGUCCUCAUCUUGUGCUACUCUAGAAGAACAGUUUCAAUUUUUGACAGUUAGUGAGUUAGAUGUUCUGAAAGCAUUAUCUAAAAUCAAGUCUAAUGCUGUAGGUGAUGAUAACAUCUCGCUAAAACUCGUCCGUAUAGUAAUGCAAUAUAUAAUAGGACCCCUUACCCAUAUAAUAAACCAUUGCUUGACUAGUUCAUGUUUCCCAGCAGUAUGGAAAAAGGCUAUAGUUUUCCCAGUCGCAAACAAGACAAAUGCUAUUUACGCUGGUGACUAUAGACCUAUCAGCAUACUGUCCACAUUUUCCAAAUUUUGCGAAAACUUGAUGGCCACGCAUCAUUCAUUUCAUGUUUCAUUUGUACAGAACAAUUGUCUACUCUCUCCACUACAAUCUGGCUUCAAACAAAGUCAGAGUUGUUCAACUGUAAUGGUUAAAAUACUAGAUGAUAUUAGAAUUAGUUUCGACAACGGAGAUUUGACUCUACUUUGUUUACUUGAUUUUUCUAAAGCAUUUGACUCAGUGGAUCACAAAUUGUUAUGUUUGAAGCUUAAAUACUAGUUCGGCUUCAAAGACAGUGCGGUGAAGUUCAUAACCAGCUACCUUGGAGACAGAACGCAGAAGGUCAAGACCAGUAAAUCAACAUCCCAGUCUAGAUACAUAUACGCUGGUGUUCCGCAAGGGUCUAUCCUUGGUCCACUUUUAAUCAGUCUUUUUGUCAAUGAUGUUUUUACCGUUUGUCAGUACGUGAAUGUCCAUGCGUAUGCUGAUGAUAUACAAUUGUACUUGGCCAGUCGUAUUGGUCUCGUUGAAGAUUUAUGUUUCAAAAUAAACAGUGAUUUGUCUAUUUCUGUAUGGGCUAAUGAAAACUCUUUAGGUUUGAACGCGUCAAAGUCAUAUGUCUUACCUAUAUGUAAUAGUGUGGUGCAUGUUGACAAUAUUCUUAAAUUGUGGAUAGGUACAGGUUCCUUUACCUUUAUGGAUAAGGUAAAAAAUUUGGGGUUUAUUCUUAACGCGAAACUUACCUGUG